GUGUCCGUCGUACAGGGGUAUCUACUGCAAUCGUUGUUUGUUAUAAAGAGGCUUCACUGUAGACUCUUUAAUACCCUCUCCUAUUACACUAGUUUUUGUAGCGUGUGUUUUAGCUUAAUAUUAUGCAAAGUUAUUUCCACCUAGGAGAAUGUUGGGCUGGAAACGAUCAAACGAAUUUUCAAAGGGACGGAGCUGGUUCAAGGUGCAUUGGUCGAGAUUUUAAACAUUGUCCAGAAACGGAUAAUAUGUGUCCACCUAACGCAUGCGCCGGUGAAUGGAGCACAAAUAAAGUUUAUGAAAUUCAUCAAGGCCCUCUUGCAUGUCUCUCAAAUCCAUGUAAAAAUGGCACUUGCAAACAAAAUGGUCCAGAUGAUUUCACAUGCGAGUGUCCAAGUGGAAAGACUGGAAAACUAUGUGAAUAGGUGCAUAUGACAGCAGACGAAGAAUGUGGAACGAAAGAGAAGACAGAGAUAAUUUCCGAGAUGUGUUGUCAUAAAGCGAAUGUAAACUGUCUCGAGGUGGCUUUGUGAAAUACAACUUAAAAAGAUAAAUAAAAAAAAAUAAAAUAAAGCUUGAUGACCUGUUUUUAUUCAA